UGAAGGAUGCCUUCCCACGAUGGAUCUGCUACGAUCGGAGCCUAUGCAGCUAGUUCAGUUGAUCAUUCCCAUCGAAGCAGCUCAUCGAUCCAUCUCUUACCUCGGUGAUCUCGGCCUCGUUCAAUUCAAAGAUCUCAAUGCAGAUAAAAGCCCGUUCCAACGGACAUAUGCUACUCAGAUUAAAAGGUGCGGGGAAAUGGCUCGCACGCUACGGUUAUUUAAGGAACAAAUGAUAAAGGCGGGUGUAUCUCCCUCGAUGCAGAAUACCAGAAAUAGUGUUAUUGAUCUGGAUCAUUUGGAGGUUAAACUUAAAGAACUUGAAGCUGAUCUGCUUGAGAACAAGGCAAAUAAUGAGAAGUUGCAACACACCUACAACGAGCUGGUAGAAUAUAAGCUUGUUUUGGAGAAGGUUGGUGAAUUUUUCUCUUCAGCACAAAACAGUGCUGUAGCUCAGCAGAGGGAGCAUGAUGUCCAAACAACUGUUAAAGGGUCGAUUGACAGCCCAUUAUUACUAGAACAAGAGACAACAGCGUUUUCGGCUAAGCAGGUUAAGCUGGGUUUUAUCAGUGGUCUUGUUCCGAGAGAAAAAUCAAUUCCUUUUGAAAGAAUCUUGUUUCGUGCUACAAGGGGGAACGUAUUUAUGAAGCAAGCCGUGAUUGAUAAACCUGUGCUCGAUCCAAUAUCAGGAGAGAAGGUUGAUAAAAAUGUAUUUGUUGUAUUUUAUUCUGGGGAGAGAGUUAAAAGUAAAAUUCUGAAAAUAUGUGAUGCUUUUGGAGCAAAUCGCUAUCCUUUCUCAGAUGACCUGGGGAAACAAUUUCAGAUGAUAAGAGAGGUGUCAGGGAAACUUUCAGAGUUGAAGACUACCAUCGAUGUAGGAUUGCUUCAUUGGAGCACUUUACUCCAGUCUAUUGGACAUCAGUAUGAGCAGUGGAGCCUUCUGUUGAGGAGGGAAAAAGCCGUUUAUCACACCCUAAAUAUGCUUAGCUUUAAUGUGACGAGAAAAUGUCUCCUUGCAGAAGGUUGGUGUCCUGUUUUUGCGACAAGUCAGAUUCAGAAAGUAUUGCAGCGGGCAACUAGGGAUUGUAACUCCCAGGUUGGAGCCAUAUUUCAGAUUCUCCAGACAAAGGAAUCACCACCGACCUAUUUUUACACAAACAAAUUUACUUCUUCUUUUCAAGAAAUUGUAGAUGCUUAUGGAGUUGCCAAGUACCAGGAGGCAAAUCCCGGUGUAUACACAAUCAUCACCUUUCCGUUCCUUUUCGCUGUCAUGUUUGGUGACUGGGGCCAUGGCAUAUGCAUAUUGCUGGCUUCUUUGUACCUCAUAAUUAGAGAGAAAAAGUAUUCGAGUCAGAAACUUGGAGACAUCAUGCAAAUGGCAUUUGGCGGACGCUAUGUUAUUGCGAUGAUGGCAAUCUUCUCAAUCUACACUGGCUUCAUAUACAAUGAAUUCUUCUCUGUUCCGUUUGCUAUAUUUGCACCAUCUGCCUAUGCAUGCCGUGAUCCAUCAUGCAGGGAUGCUUCUACAACAGGUUUAAUAAAAGUGCGAAACACCUACCCAUUUGGUCUGGAUCCUGUAUGGCAUGGCACUCGGAGUGAACUUCCAUUUCUUAACUCUUUGAAGAUGAAGAUGUCUAUUUUACUAGGAGUAUGCCAGAUGAAUCUUGGAAUCAUAUUGAGUUAUUUUAAUGCAAAAUACUUUGGAAGCAGCAUAGAUGUUUGGCACCAAUUUGUUCCCCAGAUGAUAUUCUUAAAUAGCCUAUUCGGCUACCUUUCGCUCAUCAUAAUUGUUAAAUGGUUUACUGGAUCACAGGCUGACUUAUAUCAUGUGAUGAUAUACAUGUUCUUAAGUCCAACUGAUGAUUUGGGUGAAAACCAGCUCUUUGUUGGCCAGAAGUUUCUUCAACUUGGAUUAUUGUUGUCAGCACUUGUAGCUGUACCAUGGAUGUUAUUACCAAAGCCCUUUCUUCUGAAGAAACAACACGAAGAAAGGCAUCAAGGUCAAUCUUACUCUCUGGUCCACAGUACGGAUGAUCCUAUUGAAUCAGGGCCACAUAGCCCUCACGGCCAUGAGGGGUUUGAGUUCAGUGAAGUUUUCGUGCACCAACUUAUACAUACAAUAGAAUUUGUGCUUGGUGCUGUGUCUAAUACAGCUUCAUAUCUACGUCUAUGGGCCCUCAGUCUGGCUCAUUCAGAGUUGUCGAGUGUCUUCUAUGACAAAGUUCUACUUAUGGCCUGGGAGUUUAAUAAUACCGUUAUUCUUAUUGUUGGCGUUAUUGUUUUCAUAUGUGCAACUGUUGGUGUAUUACUGCUUAUGGAAACUCUAAGCGCUUUCUUGCAUGCUUUGAGACUUCACUGGGUAGAGUUUCAGAAUAAAUUUUAUGUGGGAGAUGGUUACAAGUUUGCCCCAUUUUCAUUUGCGUUACUUAGUGAUGAGGAUGAACUGUAGUUGCCAUAUACAGAUACCAGAUAACAUGUAUAUUAGAAUGUCAGUUUUCCCUUAGCCUCUCCUGUAGUUUAUGUAUUCAUGUCGAAUACCAUGUUAAAGAAGAGCACUGAAACAGUGUAUUAUCCUUCUUCCCUGUUUAUUAGCCAUUGCAUCUGUUGUCAAAUCUGCACUAUACAAUUUUGAGAGGAAGUUGAUGGUAAUUAUCUGAUGUAAUCAGCAUCUACAAGUUUAAGGUAUGGUUCUCUAGUACGGAAAGCACUUGCCACUUAAAAGAAUAGUU